AAGAAACGUGAAAUUGUAGCAAACUGACCCAAUAAAAAAAAUAACAAGAGGAAGAAGAAGGGAAAGAGAGAACGGAGUUUCAAAUUUCAUUGUAUGCACUUUCCAAGAGUUCAUUUUAAACCUUUCUUGAUAUCUAAUCCUUUUCUUCUUUUCUAUCUCUCUCUCUUUUCUCUGUUUUUCCCCUACAAUGAAGAAUACAACCAAAACAAGCACUUUUUGCCUUCAAAACCUGUUAUUUUUCCUGCUUCCCUGUCUCUUCUUCUUCAUCGAAUACCUUGCUCUCCCUGUGAUCGGUGACUCCCAGCUGACCCCUUACAACCCCAUAGAAAACAUCACAAUUGACUGUGGUUCUUCCACUGAUGGCCACGCUCUCGAUAACCGUCCUUGGACUGGAGAUGGCAAUGGAAAAUUCUCCCCUAUAAAGCAACAAAGCAAUAAUAAUAAUAAAUCGUCGGUGCUUUUAACAGCACUUGAACAGCCCCCCUCCGUUGAUAAGGUCCCGUACUCCACGGCUCGUCUUUCUUACUCAGAAUUCACCUAUACAAUUUCCCUCACUGCUGGCCAAAAGUUCAUUCGCUUGUACUUCUAUCCAACUUCAUAUCGAGGCUUUGACGACCCUUCUAAUAAAGCUUUCUUCUCCGUUAAAGCAGGUCCUUUUACCCUCCUCAGGAAUUUCAGUGCUUUACUUCAUGCUCAAGGCCAACCUACUCUUAUCAAAGAAUUUUGUUUAAACGUCGAUGAAGGUGAAAGGUUAAACUUAACCUUCACUCCAAGUCCUGAUAUCUCUGAUUCUUAUGCUUUCAUCAACGGGAUUGAAAUUGUUUCCAUGCCAACCAAUCUAUAUUACAGACAAGCAAGUGAUGAAGGGGUAACUUUUUUAGGUCAGGGAAGCUCGUACCCCCUAGGAAACAACAGUGCCCUUGAGAUGGUGCAUCGAGUCAACGUUGGUGGGAUGCAAAUAUCCCCUCAAGAUGACACUGGCAUGUACCGAAACUGGUUAAGCGAUGACGAUUAUUUGGCAAUAGCAAAACCAAGUGCUCUUCCUGUCAAUAAUAGUGUUAAUCUUACCUUUAGCAGUAUAUUAUCGUUCUCUGCUCCAAGGGUGGUCUAUCUAACUGCCAGGUCCAUGGGGAGGAACAAGACUGAGAACGAGAACUACAAUCUGACAUGGGAGUUUCCUGUUGAUUCUGGCUUCAGUUACUUUGUACGGUUGCAUUUUUGUGAGUUUCAGAUAGAGAUAACACAACAAGGUGACAGAGUCUUUGAGAUCUUCUUGGCGAAUUUAACUGCAGAAACUCAAGCAGAUGUUAUAGCCUGGAGUGGUGGAAAUGGGUUUCCAAUAUAUAAGGAUUAUGCAGUGGCAAUGGGAAAAAAAGGCAAUCAAAAGCAACAAAAUCUAUCUAUUGCUUUGCAUCCUUCUCCGGCAUGGAGGACUCUUUAUUCUGAUGCAAUCUUGAAUGGGCUAGAAAUCUUCAAAUUGAGCAGUGGUUUUGAUCUUGCAGGACCUAACCCUGACUCAGUCCUACCAAGUUCACCACCAAGUCAAUCAACGCAGUCCAAGAACAACAACAAAACUAUAUUUGGUAUUGUGGGAGGUUUAUUAGCCGGAUUUGUUGUGCUCUCAGUUCUAUUUUUCUUGAUUUUCCGGCGAAAGAUGAGGGCCAAAGAUUCAGGUUCCAGUGAAGGAGUUUCAUGGUGGAGCCAAUUUUCCACUGCCACCAAAUCCACCAAGUCAACCAAGUCUCGUGGCUCAUCUCUACCCUCCGAUCUUUGUCGCUACUUUUCAUUGGUUGAGAUCAAAGCAGCUACCAACAACUUCGACAACGUUUUCAUUAUUGGUGUUGGAGGUUUUGGUAACGUAUACAAAGGAUUCGUUGAUGGUGGCGCUACCCAGGUUGCAAUCAAGCGAUUGAAUCCUGAGUCUCAGCAAGGGGCUCACGAAUUCAAGACCGAGAUCGAGAUGCUCUCCCAGUUACGCCACGUCCAUUUGGUCUCUUUGAUUGGUUAUUGUAACGAUGACGGUGAGAUGAUUCUGGUAUAUGAUUACAUGGCUCGUGGGACCCUUCGUGAUCAUCUCUACAACGCUGGAAAUCCUCCUCUUCCAUGGAAACAACGGUUAGAGAUUUGCAUUGGUGCCGCACGUGGCUUGCAUUACCUUCAUUCAGGUGCAAAACACAUAAUCAUUCAUCGAGACGUGAAGACAACAAAUAUCUUGUUGGACGAGAAGUGGGUGGCUAAGGUUUCAGAUUUUGGGUUGUCUAGAGUAGGCCCCACGAGCAUGUCCAAGGCCCAUGUUAGCACAGUGGUGAAAGGCAGCUUUGGCUACUUGGAUCCAGAGUAUUAUCGUCGUCAACAAUUGACAGAAAAAUCCGAUGUAUAUUCAUUUGGUGUGGUACUAUGUGAAAUAUUAUGUGCUAGGCCACCUGUUAGUCGCACGGUCGACAAGGCACAGAUGAGCUUAGCAGCAUGGGCCCAACAAUGCUACUGGAAUGGAACUCUAUACAAAAUCAUUGAUCCAUUUUUGAGGGGUAAGAUUGCGCCUGAGUGUUUGAAAAAAUUCACCGAAGUGGCAAUGAGUUGUUUGCGUGAUGAGGGAACCGAAAGGCCAUCGAUGGGCGAUGUCUUGUGGAGCCUAGAGUUCGCACUACAAUUGCAGGAAAGUGGCGAGGAAGGGCUUAAGCCUAAUCCCGGGGCUGGCAUUGAGAUAGACAUCGAUGAAGAGACCCCCUUUAAAAGCAAUGCAUUGGAAGAUGACAGUGGGGAAGUGUUUAGUAGCAUCGGUGAUCAUGUGCUGAAUUCCAAGAGCGCUAGUACUUUCAGCUUAACAACAAGUGAUGAACAAAGUUUUGCUAGCAAGGAUUCUGAAAGACUCUUGUCUAAGGCAGUGUUUUCUCAAAUAAAGGAUCCGCAAGGGAGAUAAUAGGUAAGUCAAGGAAUCUCUAGAGAACUAAUGGUCGUGGUUCAAUUGAGAAAGAUACAAUACUACUUUAUGUGAAUUCUAGAAAAAUUUGUAUUGUAGCACAUCAGUAAUAUUAGAUUCCAAGGUAGGUUGAUGUACCUCAUUUAUAUUUAACGUUUCCGACCAAGUUGUAUUAUUUUAGAAUGGCAUUAAUUGGCGGUAGUUGGAACUUGGAAGUGCCAAAAUAAAAUAACAAACUUUGAUGGUGUCACUCCCCUAA